CGCGGGGAGGACAGACGCGCCUAGAGAGGCAGCGGCAGCGGAGCACAGGUGGGCGCCUCCAGGACGGGGACCAGCGAGAGGCGGCUCCGUGUCCCACCGCAGCCCGGCGGGGCUGGAGUCUCCCUGGGGCAGCGCCGCCCGCUCCCUGGGGGUCUGGGCUCGUUCUGCUCAGCCUGAUGUGCCCCACGGCGGGCACGGGAAGGGGCGCGCCGCCUGCCAGCGCCUCCCUGCGGGUGCUGCCGGCGCUGGGCACCUGAAGCGGCAGCCGCCGCGCUGGGCUUCGUGGCUGGCUGCGCUGCUGCAUCCCGGGCCGGACUACGUGCCGAGCAUGUGCUUUGCGGGCGAGGGGGACCCGUGCCAGCCACCGGAGCGUAGCUCCUGAUCGCAGCCUCUGGGCGGGAGAGGAGGAGAGAGACCCGCUCCCUCCAGCCCCCUCUUGCCAUGGGAUGGACGCCCCGUGUGAGCCCAGCUACUGCUCGCUCGCCGUCAGCCUAAAGGAAGCCGGGGAAGGAGCCUCCCUGGCCGGGCACUUCGGCAACGGGACCAACGAGUCCCUGCAGGAGCUCUUCAGGAGCAUCAACCUGGAGCGAGCCGACGGGCUGCAGGGGGGCAGCUCCGCCGUCCUGCGCAUCGUCAUCUCCAGCGUCUACUCGGUGGUGUGCGCCCUGGGGCUGGUGGGCAACCUGCUGGUGCUCUACCUGAUGAAGAGCAAGCAGGGCUGGAAGAAAUCCUCCAUCGACCUCUUCGUGACCAGCCUGGCGCUCACCGACUUCCAGUUCGUGCUGACGCUGCCCUUCUGGGCGGUGGAGAACGCCCUGGACUUCACCUGGCUCUUCGGCAAGGCCAUGUGCAAGAUCGUCUCCUACGUGACGGCCAUGAACAUGUACGCCAGCGUCUUCUUCCUCACCGCCAUGAGCGUGGCCCGCUACCACUCCGUGGCCUCGGCGCUGAGCAGCCGGCGGGGCGGCGCCGGGUGCUGCUCGGCCAAGUGGCUCUGCCUCCUCAUCUGGGGCGCGGCCAUGCUGGCCUCCCUGCCCCACGCCAUCUUCUCCACCACCGCCACCGUCUUCAACGAGGAGCUCUGCCUGGUCAAGUUCCCCGAGGCCCGGGGAAAGAGCGCCCAGUUCUGGCUGGGCCUCUACCAGGCCCAGAAGGUGCUGCUGGGCUUCCUGGUGCCGCUGGCGGUCAUCAGCCUCUGCUCGCUGCUGCUGCUGCGCUUCCUGGGCGAGCGCCACGUGGGCCGGGCCUGCGGCGGGCCCAAGCGGCGGGCCAAGGUGACCCGCUCGGUGACGGUGGUGGUGCUCUCCUUCUUCCUCUGCUGGCUGCCCAACCAGGCGCUCACCGCCUGGGGCGUCCUGGUCAAGCUCAACGUGGCGCCCUUCAGCCCGCAGUACUUCCUCUCGCAGGCCUACCUCUUCCCCGUCAGCGUGUGCCUGGCGCACUGCAACAGCUGCCUCAACCCGCUGCUCUACUGCCUGCUGCGCCGCGAGUUCCGCGCCGCCCUGCGCCGCCUGCUCUGGCGCCUGGCCUCGCCCUCGCUCACCGCCACGCGCCCCUUCACCGCCACCACCAAGCCCGAGCCCGAGGAGCAGGCGCUGCGCGCCCUGGUGCCCGCCAGCCCGCUGCCCCCCGCCGCCGCCCCCCAGCCCGAGCUCCUCUACUACCCGCCCGGCGUGGUGGUGUGCAGCGGCCGCUGGGACGUGCUGCCCAGCAGCUCCGCCGAGCAGCGCUGCUGAGCCGCAGCGGGGACUGUAUGAGGAGGUUGAGGGAGCACUGAGCGGUGAGACUGCAGCUGGAGCGAUGCCACAUCCAGAUCCAGGCACCGUCCGGGUGUCCCUUGCCUCCUCAGUGAAUCUCCUAGCUGCAGAGGAGGUGGCUGAGGUGUGUGGGAAGCAAGCCAGGACUUUCUAUCUGUCACCUCAUAGGCCAGGUUGCGGGGGACCUGGCUUCUUUUGUCCUCUCCCAGCACUGAACUGGGGUACUAAGCACAACUCACUGUAAAUGCAAGCAACUAUAGCCCUGGCUCUAGCACAGCUCCAGAGAAGGCUGUUCGUGGGGUGUUCACUGCAGCACUUAGCCUGUUGCCAAAGCAAACAUGAUUCUCAUUGAUAAACAAGAACAGGAGUAACUGAUGUUUGGGAGCUGGGCACUGCUGAAAAGGGGAGGGGCCUUUUUCUAUUUUAUUACCUGUAACUAUAAACUUUGCCCUAGCCGUGAAAUGUUAUGUCCUACCAUCAGCCACUGUUGUAGAUCCAUUGUGGUUAAUGGGGUACUGUAUCUGUAACUGACCAUUGCUUAGAAGGAAUUAAACCACUGCACUGCCAAUUUGAAAGGGGCUGAAUAUUCAGAGCCCAAAACCAGAAGGCACCAUUGUGACCAUCUAGUCUGACCUCCUGUAGAACACAGGCCAUAGAACUUCCCCAAAAUCAUUCCUAGAACACAUCUUUUAGAGAAACAGCUAAUCUUGAUUUAAAGAUUGUCGCCGAUGAUGAAUCAGCCAUGAGCCCUGAUAAAUUGUUCCAAUGGUUAAUUAACCACACUGUUAAAAAUUUACACCAUAUUUCCAGUCUGAAUUUGUCUAGCUUCAAAAUUUCCAGCCCUUGGAUUGUGUUAUAACUUUCUGUGCUAGAUUCAAGAGCCCAUUAUCCAAUCAUUCCCCAGGUAGGUACUUAUAGGAUGCAGCCAACCAAGCUGGCUUUAUCGUCUUUGUUAAGCUAAAUAGAUUGAGCUGUUUGAGCCUAUCACUCUAAGGCAGUGGUUCUCAACCUUUCCAAACUACUGUACCCCUUUCAGGAGUCUGAUUUGUCUUGCAUAUCACAAGUUUCACUUAACUUAAAAACUGCUUGCUUAGAAAAUCAGACAUAAAAUUAUCA